AUGUUUCUAAUAUCAAAACCACGAAUAAAUACAGACAUCUAUUUAUCACAUUAUGGAGUAUUUAAUAUCACUUGUAUGUACAAAGUUGUUGGAGAAUCUCUGGAAAGUUGUGAUCAGUACGUUACACAGCCAGUAGAAACCAAUCAUCUUCGUCCUUAUAUUGGAACAUUUUUACCAAAAGAAAUGAAUUUGAGCGAGGCUAACGGUCAAGGAGCGAAUCUUGUUUAUCUUUCAAUAGAUGUCGGAAAUUAUUACACUUUCAGGAACGAUAUCGAUGUUGUGGAUCGUCCUACUCGCGCUCUUCAGAGAAUGAUGGUAAUGCAGGUGUUAGAUUCAGUCUAUCAUAACAGUAGCUAUUACUCCACAAAACUUUAUCGUACAAGAGGAAGUAGAACAAAGGCACAGUACUCAAAUUUUUUUGCUUACUAUACUGCUAUUGUAGCUUUCUAUGCAUUUUUAUUUGGAGUUGAUUUAAUCUCUCCAUGGGGUUCCGUGCAUAACGGAUGCUGUGGAUUCAAAAAACUUAAAAGGAGAACAGAAGAAAGCCUUUUACCACUUGUGAAUGAUGACACAGGAAAACACGAGGAUAAUUUAGAACUCCCACAAAAAGUUGAACAUUUGAAAAAAUUUGAAUUCUUCCUUAAAGAUUAUAUCGUUGACACUUCAUUACUAGAAUCCAUUAAGCAACAAUCAAGUCAAAGGCAGGAGCAGCAGGAACAAGAAGAGCCACUACAAUACCAUAACAACACGAGCAUGACAAGUCAAAAUGGAUAA